AGAGUGAGAAUGGGAUAGUGAGAGCCAUUCCUAGUAAUCUUGACAUAUAGCACAAUAAUGGCAGCGCAAGCAGCAUACGCGGCGGAAAAGGCCAUCGGCCAUGGCGACAACGCCGUCACCCAGCAGGACGUGGCUGAUUACGGCGAGACGGGCAGGGCGGGCGAGACCAUGAAGGCACUCGUCUGGCAAGCCAAGAACAAGGUCGAGAUGGUCGACGUGCCGCGACCCAAGAUCCUCGAAGACCGCGACGUCAUCCUCAAAGUCACGGGCUCCACCGUCUGCGGCUCCGACCUCCACCUCCUGCACGGCGCCGUCAUCCAAAUGUCCAAGGGCGACAUCCUGGGCCACGAGUUCUGCGGCAUCGUCGACGAGGUCGGCGCGGGCGUCGAUCCGGCCAGGGUCCGGGUCGGCGGGCGCUACGUCGCGUCGUUCCAGAUCGCGUGCGGCGACUGCUUCUUCUGCAGGCAGAAGCUGUCGUCGCAGUGCGAGAGGACCAACGCCAACACGACGGAGCGGGCCAUGUACGGCGGCCGCACGGCGGGCAUGUUUGGGUACGCGCACUUUACGGGCGGCUUCGCGGGCGGGCAGGCCGAGUACGUCCGCGUGCCGCUGGGGGACGUGAACCUGCUGGAGAUUCCGGACGACGUGCCUGAUGAGAAAGCCCUUUACCUCUCCGACGUGCUGGCAACCUCGUACAACUGCGUCAAAGACACGGCCGUAUACCCAGGCGACGAGGUGGCCAUUUUCGGCGCCGGUCCAAUCGGCCAAAUGUGCGGCGUCUUUGCGCUCCAGGAGGGCGCCUCCAAGGUCAUAUUCGUCGACACGGAGCCUCGUCUGUCCUUUAUCAAGGAGCACUUCCCCGCGCAGCACCAGGGCAAGAUGGAGCUCGUCGACUUCAAGGCGCUGUCCCACGGCGUGACGUCGGCCGAGACGGUCGUCAGCCGGCUCAAGGAGCUCUGCGGCGGACGCGGCCCGGACGCGGCGCUCGAGUGCGCGGCGGGCGAGUACGCCAAGGGCUGGAUGCACUGGCUGGAGAUGGCGACGGGGGCCGAGACGGACACGAGCGAGAUUAUCAACGAGAUGGUCGAGGGCGUGCGCAACUAUGGGCGCUGCGGCGUGACGGGCAUCUACGUGGGCUACGUGAGUUUCUCUCUCCCUCUCUCGCUCUUGUUCCCUUCACCCUUCAGGGGGUCGCUCAACCCUCUUCGUUCCUUGUUCUUUUCCGCGUUCCCAAACGCAUCAAUGCCCAGUUCCUUCAUCACAAGGUGUGAGCUUUUCAACGUUGACCUCGACUAACACACGGGUGUGACCCCCCCUCCCCCCUACCAGACCAACCACUUCAACAUCGGCUCGCUGAUGCAGCGCGGCAUCCGGCUCAUCGGCAACGGGCAGGCCCCCGUGCACAAGUACUGGGAGGAGCUGCUGGAGAUGAUCCGGCGCGGCGAGCUGGACCCGCUGCAGAUGGUGUCGCACCGCGUGCGGCUCGAGGACCUGGACAAGGUGUACUACAAGUUUGAGAAGAGGGAGGACGGCAUGCAAAAGGUGUUUGUCGAGACGCGCUUCUCGCUGCCGGCGGCCCAGGGGAGCCCGUCGCUGACGACGUAUUGAAUGAUUAUCGUGUGCCCCGGGUCUCGGAGUUGCUGGGGGAGGGAGUUUAGCGAAGGUGGUGGCGGAGUUGGGGAGCAGCGCGGGAGCCAAAAAAGAUGGAAGAUGCUCGUGGUAGUGCUGUUAUCAUUUCCAGUCUAGGAAUGCCACC